AUGGAUAUCAUGGAAAAAGAGGGAGCACAUGUUGCUGACCGCCCACGUUCUAUUGCAGUGCACGAGACUCUGUGUCUCUACCAGACUGCAUCUGCAAUCACAAUUAUGAUGAUGGCUGCUGCCACUCAUACAGAUGCGCAGGCUCACGUACAAGAGGAACUCGAUGACGACAUACCUCUCGACGCUCAUUAUCAUGAUUCUCGCCCAUUCAUGAUUACUCGACGUCUUCCUACUUGUCUUGUCCAUCUCCUCUCUCUCAUUCUCGUCCUCCUCCUUGUCUUCUUCCCUUCUCCUGCUCUCGUCCAUCGUCUGUAUUCGUCUGAGCCACGUCAGCAGUUGCUGACGUGUGCUGGGCGUUUGCGCAUGGCGUUUGUGGCAUUUGGAAUGGCAUGGUGGAGCUCGGACAUUGAUUCAGCAGGGCUUUCCGCCUUUCGCUUAGUCGGACCUGGUUCGACCAAAUGGCUGAACCGAACCCAUGGUUCGGUUCGGUGUUCAGAAAAUUUGCCCCAAGAACCGGACCGAACUGGACUUCGGCAACACUAUGCCGUUCACAACACCCUCAAGGCAUAUCGUGAGGGCACAUACGAGAACGUCGACGCAUCCGCUGAACAAUUCUACGACGUUUACAGUUCAAUCAUGGCGUUGAUCGGUAGAAUCAGGCUUGAUGACGCGUUGAGGGAGAGGUACAAAUCUUUGUGCAAAUCAAUCAUCAGACGUGGAGAGGCAGAUAUUGGGCUGUAG